AUGGGUGCAAUAAACAACGACACCGUUGGUUGUGGACAGUUUGGCUUGUCCCAUGGGGAACAUCAAAUGGAACACCCAAGUAAUGAUCACAGCCAGGACACGCUCGCUGUGACCUCAACUCCUCAUCCAACCGACCCGAGGUCACGUGAUACUGGACGUCCUAAACGAAAUGUGAUUCACCAGACGAAGCACCAAUCGGAGCACAAAGUUCCGCGCAGAAACAACAUUGCUGGAGACAGAGGAUACAAACCAAUCACCAACACCCAAAUGGACCUUAAGGACCAAUCAGGAUUCACUGGAGCGAAAGGGAAAAAGCAACUCAACGGCGCGACCCUCAAACCUCGUAAUGCUCAUCUAGUUUACUAG